AUGCACGGGGAGGAGCCCUGCGACCCCGGCGCCCCGGGUGCUCAGGGAGCGCAGGGUGCCCAGGGCGCGCGGGGGCCCCGGCCGCGCCUGUCCAGCCAGCUGCUACCCGAGUUCUACACCUUCGUCGCGCGCGUGCUCUUCUACUUGGCUCCCGUCUACCUCGCCGGCUACCUGGGACUCAGCAUCAUCUGGCUGCUGCUGGGCGCCGCGCUCUGGAUGUGGUGGCGCAGGAACCGCCGCGGGAAGCUCGGGCGUCUGGCCGCCGCCUUCGAGUUCCUCGACAACGAACGCCAGUUCAUCAGCCGCGAGCUGCGGGGCCAGCACCUGCCGGCCUGGAUCCACUUUCCUGAUGUGGAGCGAGUGGAGUGGGCCAACAAGAUCAUCUCACAGACCUGGCCCUACUUCAGCAUGAUCAUAGAGAGCAAGUUCCGGGAGAAGCUUGAGCCCAAGAUCCGGGAGAAGAGUGCCCACCUGAGGUCCUUCGCCUUCACCAAGCUCAACUUCGGGCAGAAGUGUCCCCGCGUGAACGGAGUCAAGGCCCACACUGACCAGCGCAACCGCAGGCGCGUGGUGCUGGACCUGCAGAUCUGCUACAUCGGGGACUGUGAGAUCAGCGUGGAGCUGCAGAAAAUCCAGGCUGGUGUGAACGGGAUCCAGUUGCAGGGCACACUGCGUGUCAUCCUGGAGCCGCUCCUGGUGGAUAAGCCUUUCGUGGGGGCCGUGACCCUAUUCUUCCUGCAGAAGCCGCACUUGCAGAUCAACUGGACGGGCCUGACCAACCUGCUGGACGCACCAGGAAUCAACGAGAUGUCCGACAGCCUCCUGGAGGACCUCAUUGCCUCGCACCUGGUGCUGCCCAACCGCGUGUCGGUGCCGGUGAAGAAGGGGCUGGACGUGACGCGCCUGCGCUUCCCGCUGCCGCACGGUGUGAUCAGAGUGCACUUGCUGGAAGCGGAGAACCUGGCCCAGAAGGACAACUUCCUGGGGAUCCCAGGCAAGUCGGACCCCUACGCCAAGGUGAGCAUCGGACUGCAGCAUUGCCGGAGCAAGACCGUCUACAAGAAUCUGAACCCCACCUGGAACGAGGUGUUUGAGCUCAUCGUCCACGAAGUUCCUGGGCAGGACCUGGAAGUCGACCUGUACGAUGAGGAUCCCGACAGGGAUGACUUUCUGGGCAGCCUGCAGAUAUGCCUCGGAGACGUCAUGACCAACAGGGUGGUGGAUGAGUGGUUUGUGCUGAACGACACGGCCAGCGGGCGUCUGCACCUGCGGCUGGAGUGGCUGUCGCUCAUCUCAGACCCUGAGGCUCUGACCGAGGACCAUGGGGGCCUCUCCACUGCCCUCCUCGUGGUCUUCCUGGAGAGCGCCUGCAAUCUGCCGAGAAACCCCUUCGACUACCUGAACGGAGAGUAUCGAGCCAAGAAGCUGUCCAGGUUCGCCAAGAACAAGGCCAGCAGAGAUCCCUCCUCCUACGUCAAGCUGUCGGUGGGUGGGAAGACCCACACGAGCAAGACGUGCCCCCGCAGCAAGGACCCCGUGUGGAGCCAGUCCUUCUCCUUCUUCGUGAGCGACGUGACAGCCGAGCAGCUGCAGCUGAAGGUGCUGGACGAUGAGCAGGAGUGUGCCCUGGGCGUGCUGGACUUCGACCUGUGCCAGAUCCUGCCCUGCGCCGACCUCACCCUGGAGCAGCGCUUCCAGCUGGACCACUCGGGCCUGGACAGCCUCAUCUCCAUGAGGCUGGUGCUUCGGUUCCUGCGCGUGGAGGAGCGAGAGCUGGGGAGCCCGUACACAGGCCCCGAUGCCCAGAAGAAGGGCCCCCUGUUCAUUAAGAAGGUGCCCACCCAGCAGGGCCCUGAAGCGGCACACGCGGGUCCACCCUGCCCCCCGACCCCAGCGCCUGCUGUCAGUGAAGAAGCCCCCGAGAGCACCCCCGCCGCCACUGCCACCCCCGUGCAGGGCCCCCCAGAGACACACCCCGAGCCCAAAGGCAAGGACAGUGCCAAAGGGACCCGUGCGCCCCAGGGGGAGAAGAGGAACUCGGCCGUCUUCCUGACUGUCCCUGGCCCCCACUCUCCGGGCCCCAUCAAGUCACCCCGGCCCCUGCCGAACCCCGCCUUCCCAUUCGCGUGGCCGGCCCAGAGGCAGGCCCCCAGCAUGGCCUCGCUCAGCUCCCUGGCCUCCUCCUGCUUUGACCUGACAAGUGACAGCCUCCACCUCCAAGGCGGGCUGCUCCGGCAGCGGGGGCUGGGCGAGAUCCAGCUGACCGUGCGCUACGUGUGUCUGCGGCGCUGCCUCCGGGUACUCAUCAACGGCUGCAGAAACCUGACUCCCUGUACCAGCAGUGGCGCUGACCCCUACGUCCGUGUCUACCUGCUGCCAGAAAGAAGGUGGGCGAGUCGGAAGAAGACCUCAGUGAAGCGCAAGACCCUGGAGCCUCUCUUUGACGAGACAUUUGAAUUUUUUGUUCCCAUGGAAGAAGUACAGAAGAGGUCACUGGACAUCGCUGUGAAAAAUAGUAGGCCACUUGGCUCUCACCGGAGAAAGGAGCUGGGGAAAGUACUGAUUGACUUAUCCAAAGAAGACCUGAUUAAGGGCUUCUCGCAGUGGUACGAGCUGACUCCAGAUGGACAGUCCAGAAGCUGA